GGGCCCUGUGGGUAAGAAGGGGCCGCCUCCGCUGCUGUGGGAACUAUGAGGCCUCAACUCAGCUCCCCCUUGCUGGGCGGCCUUGCAGAGCAGCUCCUUUUAGCAGCCCCAAUUAGCUUAGUGGCCUAGGAAGCAACAUCCUACCCCCACCCCCGCCUCAGGGCCUCAGAGAUCUGAAGGCGGCAUACCUUGCUGUCCACUCAGCACCAUCCACUGUCCACCGGAUGAGUACAGGUGGUAGACCUUUAAAGCCAAAUGAGAACUUGAAAUCUGUGUGGCUGAUUGCAGAGCUGGUAGGCUGAAGAUUUCCUUGAGAAAAUGUAAUGUAGGGGUCGCUUUGGCUUGUAUUCAGAAGAUGGGAGAGGGAAUUUUCUGUCUGGAUACAGCGGUGGUUGGGUGGUUGGGUGGUUGGGUGGUGGUGGGAAUGAGGCUGCUUCUGAUUCUUCUCUUCCCUGCCUUGCCCUCCACGAUGAUGCAAUCUGAGGACUGGAAUAUUCGACCCUGAGUGGUAAAAGGUCGACCUACCCCAGAAAGGAACUUUCUCACGGAGGGCACCUGUUGCAGAGUCUGGAAGUGAAAUAAAGGUGUGCCCUUGUUUUCGAGCUCUGGUAAGAAUCUGAGAAAUAACCGGCAAACUUUGAGAAGGGGUUAUAGUUGAAACCUGAGACCAAGAGUUUAAUCUCAUUUAUUACCACAAAUCUGUAAGACUUAGACCAUUGCACUCUAUUUUGAGCGCCUGGUUCAGCUCCACACACUAUUUUACCUGGAAUUCCAAGCUACAGUUUGCCCAUCCUCCUCCCUCCUGGAGGAUUGGUAGGAGAGGAUGGAUGUGGCUCUGAAAAGCAUCCUUGUUAGCAUGGGACACCCCCUAGCUCCAGAAGGUUGUAAUUGACAGUUUCCUGAAGGUUAAUUUUAGGGCAGUGGGCAUAUAUAAAAUGUACUGCAGGAUGUUCAGGAAGGUUGAGAAACCUAUUGCAGUCUGCUUCCCUGAGGUCUACUUCCUUAUUGACUUUACCCUCUCCAUCCACCCCGCCACUUUUUUUACAGCUCCUAUUGAGAUACAAGGAAGGCAGAGCCCAGGAAUAUUGCUUUGGGAAUUCCUCCUGCAGAUUAGGCUUUUCUAAAAGCCUGAGCAUCUUGUUAUACAUAUAGGCGAUCAUUGAUCAUUUGGUCAUGGCUAGCAUCAUUACUCAUGUGGGUAAUAGCCGGCGGCAAAACACACCCUUGCCUCCUUGGGCCCCUUCCAUGUUGAGGUCCUUGGGGAGGAGUCUUGGUCCUUUAAGGUUCAACAUGGCAGAAAGAAACAUGAAUUUGUUUACCAGCAGAGCAGUACCAGCCCAAGGGGAAGAAACCUUUGAAAGCUGGCUAAUCCAAGUCAAUGGGGUCCUGCCAGAUUGGAAUAUGUCUGAGGAGGAGAAGCUCAAGCGCCUGAUGAAAACCCUUAGGGGCCCUGCCCGGGAGGUCAUGCAUUUGCUCCAGGCAGCCAACCCCAGCCUAAGUGUGGCAGGUUUCUUACGGGCAAUGAAAUUGGUGUUUGGGGAGUCUGAAAGCAGUAUCACUGCCCAUGGUAAAUUUUUUAACACCCUGCAGGCACAAGGGGAGAAAGCCUCCCUUUAUGUGAUCCGUAUAGAAGUACAGCUCCAAAAUGCAAUUCAGGCAGGGAUCAUAGCCGAGAAAGAUGCAAACCAGACUCGCCUACACCAGCUCCUUUUAGGGGCUGAGCUGAAUGGGGACCUGCACUAUAGGCUGUAGCAUCUUCUCAGGAUGUAUGCAAAUGAGCAGGAGUGUUUUCCCAAUUUCCUGGAGUUAAUCAAGAUGAUAAGGGAGGAGGAGGAUUGGGAUGACACUUUUAUUAAUCGGAAGCAUGCCAGGAGAUAUGAGUCAAUGUUGGAGAGGGCAACCAGCCCAGUGGCAUUUCAGGGUUCCCUACAGAUAGUGAUCGGCAGUGCUGACUGCAAUGUGAUAGAGCUAGGUGAUAUCAUCAAUGACUCAGAUGAGGAUGUGAUCCUGGUAGACCCUCCACUUCCAUCCGUGGGUGCCCCUCCCCUCAGAGACAGGGUCCCACCUCAGGAUCAGACAUUGGUCAUUGAUUCCCCCAACAGUUCCCAGGUCCAGUCUCCUUCCAUCAGUGGUGGUUCCGGGUAUAAGAAUGAUGGUUCUGGGGAUAUGCGUAGAGCCAGGAAGCGAAAAUACAGAACCCACUGUUCAUAUUGUAGAAAAGAGGGCCACUCCAAGGAAACCUGUGACAAUGAGAGCAAAAAGGCCCAGGUAUUUGAGAAGCUGAUCAUCACCUUGCAUGAGCUGAUACCUACAGAGGAGGAGGGGUCAAAAGAGGUACCCAGUAAAAACAAUGACCUCUGAGCCACAGUAAAGUGAUACACCCAGCCCUAAGUAAAUCCUUAGAUAUACUAAAAAACUGGUGAUGAGGAUAAAUGGGAGUAUAUUUCUACCUGCAUGAAUUAAUCCAUGGAAGAGGAGGUGUUGGAUGCCAGCAAAGUGGAGGGGAUGGCCUGACCUCUGUCCCUGCUCCCUCUUCUGUCUCCCUAAGGGUCUAUUCUCUGUGCAUCUAUUUCCUUGCUGACUUCGUUUUAUGAAAGGAGUAGAACACUUUGUUAAACCUUUAAAAAUGUAGGAAAAUAGAAAAACUAAAGUAUAAAUCACCUGAAACUCUCCACUCAUAUAGCCAUUGUCAGCCCUUUGAUGAAUGUCCUUUUGUAUAUUUCCUUAUAAUUGUGUACCCAGAUAAAUAUAUGUAUACAUAAAA